AUGGCGUUCUGGUCCGAAUUUAUCGUCAUCGUUGCUAUCAUUUCAUCUAUCAAGGCUGUAUUUGGCUCAGGGCUCUGCCCAUCUCGGCUCUCUGUCAAAUGCCACUCUCGGCUUAUUGUCGAGUGCUUUUGCCCGCCAGAGUGGCAAUUAUGGGAGAAAGCGUGCUAUCGCCUCACUGAAACACCAGCUACUUGGGACGACAGCCAUUUGGAUUGCCGAGCCAUGGGGGAAAAGAUGACCGCUCCUCGCUCGCAGGAGGAAUUGAAUUUCAUGGCGGACUUGGCGCGAAAAGUGGACAAAAGUGACUACUAUGCCUUCAUUGCUUGCAAUGACGCAGAAGUUGAAGGAACUUGGGAGUGUGAUGGUCAGGAAAAAAGCGAGCCCUUCUUGGCAUGGAAUGGUGGAGAACUAAUGAGUGAAAACGAUGAAGAUUGCGCUCUUAUUAGCUCAGCCAAUGGCGGGAUGAUUGACGGUCAGUGCAGUGAUCCAGACAGGGCCUUUUGCGUUCAUCAGGCGGUUUGCACUCACGGCCUAGUCCAACUCCCUCACUAG